AUGGCUGCUGCUUGCUGGAGAAAAGAUCUGGAUUUAUCAUUUGUUGUGAUAGAUAGCAAACGAGCUUUCUUCUCAUGGUUGUACCUGGUGAUAGCCUUGCAAAGUAGUGAUGGAGCGGUAAUUUACAAUGAAGACCAAAAAAAUCAAGUCGUGGGCUCUGGGCUGCCUACCCUAGGCCCCAGACAUUUAGAUAAGCCCAUGGACUCACCUACUUUUACUUGGAAAUUUGGUCAGUUGUCAAGAAAAGUUAUACAAACCACAGAUGAUGUUGGGACGAUGGAGCGAGGAGACGAGGUUGGGGUCGCAGCCACUUGGGACAAGGACCUUAUCAUUUGGCCUUUACCUGUCCUCCUUGCCUUAAUUGUGCUCACUUCAACUAUCCUCCUCGUUGUAAUUGGACUGAUCUGGCUUAGAAGCACAAUGAGUUACGGUGGCGAGGGUGAUGACAAAGAAAGCACUGAUGAAGAACAGUGGGUAUCUCAUCCUGUCAUAGUCCCGCAAGUCAUUACCCAACCUGCUGGUGAAAAUAUAUGUAUGAAGACGAAAGCCAAAGGCUUACUCGAAAGACGUGGCUCGAGUGCGAGCUUAACAAUCGAUUUAGCACAUCCUCCUUCCCAUGACAACAUCACUGUCACCCCCACCCGGGAAUGCACUACCGAGGAAUAUCUACUUUCCUGCUCAAGUAUACUGACAAGAGAAAAUUUAAGGGCAUGCUUAAAAGACGUACGAGCUUUACACAGGGAGUUUUGGGAUCUUCCCCUCAACCAUCCUGAUAAACUCAUCGUUCCAGGAUCAUCUGCUAAGAACAGAUAUAAAACAGUAAUUCCUAAUGAGUCCACACGUGUUAUUUUGCCUGUAGAUGAAAAGUCUGAUAACCUUCCUGGAUACAUUAAUGCUAAUUAUAUAAGAGGUUAUGAUGGUGAGGAUAAGGCUUUCAUAGCAACCCAAGGGCCUAUGACAAACACCGUUAAUGAUCUCUGGGAGAUGACUUGGUAUGAAGGGUGCCCGGUCCUCGUUAUGAUCACUCGCCUUUGGGAGAAGUCGAGACCUAAGUGUGAGGCAUACCUUCCGCCUGACGUGGGGUCUCCCGUACUCUAUGGUUCGAUAACGGUCACUAUCGAUUCCCUUCUCAACAAGGACGGAUAUGCAAUCAGGCAUAUCACAUUACAGAAAAAUGAAGAAACUAAAAAAGUAAUUCAUUAUUGGUUCGACUCUUGGCCCGAUCAUAAAACCCCUCCGAAUGCCCACUCCCUGCUUAGCCUCGCAAAAGAAGUUGAACUAGCAAGAUUUGGAGGUGUUGCUCAGCGACGGCCAUCAGCUGUCUGGUUGAAAGAAUCUACUAGCCCUGUCCUAACCUUCGGUAACCUUGAACUAAAAGAAGAAGGUCUGUCCGCUGAUACAUCUCCAUCUAAGAAAAGAACCAAAACAUUCACCGCAUCCCCUGACUAUGCGACACCGUUGGAUGAUAGUACAGCUUUUAGGUUUUCCCCAUCUCCCGGGAUUUCCCCUCCUCCGGGAACUGAAAGUGUUUUCUGGCGAUUUGAGAAGCUUUCAACGAAUUCCACUUCCAGCUAUGAUACUGCACAGCUCUCCGGUGACUCCCUCUCGGACAAGUCUCCUUACAGGACCAAUUCUUCAUACGACAGCCCGAGGUCGAAGGCGUGGACUCAGAGCUCAGGAGAGAGUUCGGUUUGGACGGAGGAAGGCAGUCCUGUUGGACCUUCUCCUCCCAAUCUCCUUAGUCCAAGAUGGGCUGAAGAUUCUACGAAGCGUGGCAGACCCCUAGGACCGGUGAUUGUCCAUUGCUCAGCUGGUAUAGGAAGGACUGGCUGUUUUAUCGCUAUUUGCAUCGGUGUAUGCCAACUCCUCGCGGAAAACUCAGUUGAUGUUCUCAGCAUUGUUUGUAAAAUGAGAUAUGAUAGGGGUGGAAUGGUACAGACAGCUGAGCAGUAUGAAUUUAUACAUCGAGCUUUAGCACUGUUUGAAAGGUCGUUACCUGGUGAAUAA